AUGACAUGUGUGAUUUGUUGGCAGCCCUGGACAUGCGGAACCAAACACGAUGUCACACCAAAGCAGAAGACUUAUGGUGGCAGCAAUCAGUGGGAAGACUGGAGCACAUGGGAGACAUGGGCGGAUGCAGAUCGAUCAGCCCGUCAGCAGUCCCAAUCACCAAGAGCGAGACAAAAUCGGCAGGGAAGUUACUCCCCCAGGGGACGAAAAGGGAAGGGAAAGAUCAAAGGAAAAGGAAAGUCCAAAAUGGAAUAUUUCAACAGUCCUUUUGGUGCAGGAAAAGGUGGAUCAGCGCCAUUGCCGCCUUGGCCAGUCUGGAAUGCACCGGAAGUUUCUGCGUCGCCUUUCCAAUCGGCACAGGCGAGCAAAACUUCGACGAUGCAGGAAAUGGCUGUCCACCUGAGGCAUGCAUACAAGGACUCCGAGCCCCCCUCAGACGUCCAGGCCUUCUUAGAGAAGGCAGACAAGGAAUCCAGUCGAAACAAUAUCAAGUCUCUGCAAGCAGCGACCAAAAGCCUAGAUCAUGCACAGAAAGCCCUCAGAGAUGCAAUCGCAGCCAAGAAAGAACAUCGAUUGCAAUGGACCAAACAUGUCGGAGAGGGAAUCAAGAUUUGGGAAACGCAGCUAGAGAGCUUUCGUGUUCACCAAGCAGCUCUGUCCGAGAAUGCCACUCGCGCCAGAGCAGAAAUCGAAUCCUCUCGCAGGAUUUUGAAGAGGUCAGCGAAAACACUGUCAGAGAAGGAAGAAUCCGAAGAUGCCAGUCAGGACAAUGUUGCGGACCCCGAGGAACAGAAACUCAGGGAUCAGCUUCAGGGAGUUCUCAAUGCAUGUGCAGGCUCCCUGGGCAUCACAGUGGAUUCAGCCGACUCCAAAGUGCACGAUGUUUCCGACGAGGAAACAGACAAGAUACCUGCGUCCAAAAGGCCCAGAUCAAUCGAGCCUGUUCAAAAGGGCUCGACCAAGCAGUGA